CGGACUGCCAGUAGUGCCAGUCUAGAUUACCACUAUCAUCUGCUGCUUCAGCUGGUCAUCAACUCAAGAAAAUGGACGAAGAAGGAACAAGAUGGAUUGAUGAAGAGUUUUUAAAACUAGCUCUAAAAAACGAAGGCAAAGAUGAGUUUUUGACAAUCUCUAACUUCACUAUUAAACCAGCUGUAGAAUCUGGUAAUAAUUAUUGUACCCAGCUGUAUAGAGUGAAGCUGAACUACCAGAGAGGAAACGACAAUCACUCAAAAUCUCUCAUCAUCAAGGCUCCUCUUGAUGAAGGUUCUCUAGCAAAGCCAAUAAUUGAUGAAAUUGGCUUGCUGAAAACUGAAUAUAUCAUGUAUAAAGAAAUCCUACCAGAAAUAUAUGCUAUUUCCAAACAUCAAUUCGGUCCAAAGUGUUAUUUUUGCAAGAGAGAGGAUGUUCUGGUGAUGGACGAUUUGACAGAAGACGGUUACAUCAUGUGUGACCGCUUGCAACAAUUAGACGUGAACCAUUGUAGAACAUUCAUUGUAUCUCUUGCCAAGUACCAUGCCACGACAGUGGCUCUUCACAAGAAAAAUCCAAACUUGGUAGAAGCUAAUGGUACACACCCAAUGUACAAUGGCACCACCGAACUCAAGAUGAUAACCUACCAUGAGACCAUGAAGCGUAAUGCAUUUUUAACGAUUCUGCAAAAACUAAAUGGUAUGGAAGAUUUGAUUGAAACGAUUCAAACUCAUGGAGACAAUUUGAGAGAUGCUUUGGUGAAAGUGUUCAUAGACGGUGGAUCGGUAAAUGUUUUGAACCAUGGCGACUGUUGGAACAACAACAUAAUGUUCAAGUACACGGAGAGUGGCGAAAUAUUUGACUGUAAACUGAUAGAUUUUCAGAUCAGAUCGUACGGAACUCCAGCCGUUGAUUUGUUGUAUUUUCUGUUCUCUAGUGCCAAAAACGAGGUGAGACGAGACCAUAUGGAAGAGCUGUUGCGACUUUACUGUGAUACUCUAAAUGAAACGCUUUCAGGUUACAACUGCAAAGAAAGACUUUCUUUUGAAAACCUCCAACAAGAGAUGAAAAAUUCUUCUCCUUGGGCACUUCACAUAGUUAUAAACUACUUGCCAAUGAUAUUGAACGAACCUGACGAACUGUCAGAGAAACUCAAAGAAAAUUCUGAGAACUUGAACAGUUUUGAUAUCAAUGUCAAUCCUGUAUUGAGAACUUUACUUGGUAAAACUUACAAUGCUGUAUUGCCAGAAGUCUGUAAAGAUCUACUUGCACUGGGGUUGGUUGAUUACUUUAAACAAUUUAAUAGCUGAUACACAUAGUAGGUUAGUACGAGUAGGUUGUACAGUAAAAAUUUGAAAUCUUUGUCAGAAUCUCAGAAUAUUUACAUAAAUUAAGAGACAUUAAGAAAUGGUUAGCGAGUUUGUUAUUACAUAUAUUGCGAUAGUUUUUCAAGUGUAACAAAAAGAGUUUGAAAUAUAAGAGUUGCUGAAGUAAGAAAUAAAAAGGAGUAAAUCAAAUUGUUAGGUAUAGAAAAACUGAAAAUUGGACAAUUUUAAUGAUGACAGAAUUAAGUCUAUAUGUAAAUAAAUAGUAAAAUAGGGAGCAAUUGCUGUUAGCAGUUCAGUAUUUAAAUAAAAAUCAUCAUUUUAAAA